AUGCCAGGCAGAGAGAUGGAGAAAGCAGCUUUGCAGGACCCCUUUUCCAGCAGCGUGGCCACCUCUGUGCGGACGGCCUCAUACCACUCGCAGCCGUCCGACAGACAGCCAGGCCGGCGCCAGCAGUUCAAGUCGUACCGACUGAACGGCGAGUAUGAGCGGCCGUGGCUGGGGGACAGCCGCCUGAAGAGAUCGCGCGUUGGCUCCUACAUCAUCUGGGGCUUCAUCGGGCUGGGGCUGGCCCUCAGUGCGUACAUCAACUUCACCGUCACCCAGAAGGUGUCGAAGCACCAGGCAGGUUACAUACAUACAUACAUGUUCAUUACUUGUUUAAUUGCCGUUUAA